AUGUCAAGUCAAGCGGCCAAGCAAAUCAAGGAACAUGCUCGCAUCAUCAAAGACUACAUUGCGAAGCAAGAUUACAAGGAAGCGCUCAGCGAGUUAAAGAAGGCUAUUAAACUUGACCCAACAAACUUCAACAUGUUUCUUUAUGUUGGCUAUUGUUUAGGAAAGCUCUACGCUUCGGAGCAUUUGGAUGAACAAUUCGUGCAGGCUGAACAAGCAUAUGAGAAGGCGACAACUUUGCAAAAAGACAGUGAACAACCCUUGAUGGGAUUAUCUGAAUUAUAUGAACAAAAACAACAAUAUCAGAGAGAACAAGAUCAAGCCUUGAAAAAGAAGCAUUUAAAUGUUUAUGAAAAAUUAAAUCAAAUAUUGAAGAGCAAGGAUGAUGAGAAGUGGUACAAUAAUUUAUUGAAAUAUUAUAAAUUAUUUGGCCAGUACGUGAGAAGUACAUCGGAAAAUGAUUUAAGUCAAUGUAUCGCAAAGUUUGAAGGGUUAGUUCAUACCAUGAUCGGCUUGCUCGGAAAGAAAGAUUCUUCAUCUGAUCGAUUUUCGAACUAUAGUUACAUGCUUGACUUACUAUUUAUUGAUCAAUACAAUGAAAAGAAGCAAAUUGACAUUUUGCUAGACAAGCGUAUUCAAGAACAAAUAGACGAACUGAAAGACAAACAAAAGAAGAAGCUUUUGAAAGAAAAGAAGAAGCUGAGCGAAAAGGAGCUCGAAAAAUUAUUACCUUCUGAUCUCGAGCUGUUACCCCUCAAUAAGAGAGAAGAGCUCAGAUCCAGCUGGAGAGAUGAAUCAACUCAACAAUAUUUGGCUCAAAAUAUGGAAACCGAUGUUGACAAGAUGUUGCAAGAAAUUUUAACUUUUUGCAAAGAGAAAGAUAUUUAUUGUGACUUUCAUGUGUUUGACAUGAUCAUCAAUAGAUCGCAUCAGAGAUUGAAACUCAUUGAGGACACGACAAUAGCAAAGAAGAUCAAGCAAUCGCUUGUAUCAGUUUGCAAAGAGGCAUUGAAAAUGCACAAGAACUAUUUCAAAGCAAUGGAGCAGCUGUUCUUGAUAAAUGAAGAAGAUGACUAUCAAAUAUUUGACGAAAACUAUGCGGAAAAGCCUCUAACUAAACGAAUGUUGCACCUGUUUCCGUAUGAAGGAUUGUCCUACAUCAAGCUCUAUAAUUUGUUGGUCAACGAGAACAUCAAGAUCGACAAAAUUGAGGAUGAAUUAAUGGUAUUGUUGCAGCGAGGACUUGCCUUGAUUCCUUACUUUAUUCAAGGUUGGAUCUUUCAAACAGAACUCUAUUUACAGUUGGAGAAGUACAAAAACGCAUCCGAAAUUGCCAGGAAAGGAUUAGCUAUUAUUCAAGAGAGAGAAUUGACAACUAGAGCAUCACUUAAGAAACUCACGAUCAAGCUUAAAGUACUACAGGCCAUCUCUUUGCAAAAACUUGGAUCUCUCAAUGAUGCAGAACAAAUUUUCAAUGAAAUUCUUGGUGUAGAUCCUAACCAUUUGGAGACUAUUAAAGGUAUUGCCGAUAUUGAAUAUCAAAGAGGCAAUCUAGCAAAAUCUAGAGAAUACUAUGUCAAAGCUAUUCAAAUCAACCCUAAAGAUGAUUUAACACUUUGUCAAACUGGAUGGUUCUGCUACUUGGACAAGGAUUUCGAGGCAGCUAUUCAAUAUAUCAAAUCCGCCAUUGAAGUUAAUCCAAAUAAUUAUUUGAUUUAUUAUCAACAUAUCGAAAAAGAUGAGGAUAGAUGUAUCAAGUGUUACAAGAAGGCCGUGUCUCUUAAUCCAUUGGAAGAAGAGGCAGGAGCAAACCUUGGCGAUAUUUAUAUUGGAAAAGGUCUUCUCACCCUUGCUGCAAGUUUGUUCAAAGACGCAACCUCAAGAAACAAUAGAGCUGGAUGGGCAUGGAGCAAGCUUGGCUUUUAUCAACAGUCACAAAAUCUUUUAGAUCAAUCGAUCCACUCUUUCCAGCAUGCAUUGAGAGUAUCUCCACAAGAUGCUCUUUGUUGGGAGGGACUUGGAGAAAGUUAUAAGAGAGAAGGCAAAUAUUUAGCUGCUCUAAAGGCUUUUUCUAGAGCCAUUGAGAUCAAUCCUACUUUAGUAUUUUCAUUAGUACAAUCUGCAUAUAUCAAGUUUCAGUUAAGCGAGUUUGAUAAUAGCAGAGAGAUUUAUGAAAACGUGAUUUCCAUAGAUGAGAAGUAUUCUGUUGCAUAUCAAGGAAUUUCAGAUGUACUUUUCAAAGUUUCAAAAACAUUGUAUGCGGAUGGUCUAUUCACACAAUGUGCUCAUCAGUUAAUCAAAGCACAAUGCAUUCUUCUUUAUGGUAUCAGCAAGGGAUUUGGCUCCAUCAUGAGAAGUAUAUGGAAGUCUCUUGGUGAUAUUCAAACAUUUAUGAACUUGUUGCCAGAGAAGAACAUCAUAGAAGCUAUUUUGUCCUAUAAAGACACUUUCAAAGGAGAAGACAAGAUUUAUACUAAGAAUUUUAAUAGCAAUUUGUCUACCAAAUUAGAUUAUUUACAAGAGGCCUCCAAAUCCUAUGAAAAGUAUCUUUCCUUUGACCAGAGCGAUAGUGAUCCAUGGUAUGACCUAGCAGUCUCUAAACUUAAUCAAAUAUUUAAUAUUAUUUCCUCUGGUAAAGUACAAAGUAUUGACGACUUGACAUCUCAAGCUCUCGAACACGUUAAGAAGGCAAUAUCUCUUAAUUCAACCAACAGCAGCUAUUGGAACUUGUUGGGAAUUUUAUCUGACAAUCAUGUCGUAAGACAGCACUGCUUUAUUAGAGCUGUUCAAAUUGAUACCAAGAACUAUGAUGCCUGGAACAACUUGGGAGCUCUGUAUCUGACCAAUUCCAAUCUUAAACUUGCACGAAAAGCCUUUUUAAAGGCGCAAGCCAUUUAUCCAGAGAGUACGGUUGCGUGGGUGGGAUUAGCACUAAUCAAUGAAAAUGUUCCAAAUAGAGAAGGUAUUUUCAGAGCGAAAGAAGAUUUUAAACAUGCAACUACCUUAGAGAAUAUUGCUCCUUCCUAUAUUGGUCUUGCAUACACCUCACUUUUGACCAAUGAUCCUAUUGAAGCCGUUCAAGCAAUCAUGAAGCACUUCCAAUUCAGUUCAAGCGAUUAUGCAGCAUGGAAUGUGUUAGGUGUUGCUUUGGAAAUGCAACAGCAUUUUGAGAAAUCUCUGGAGGCGUACAACAAGUGUGAAGGAUUACUUCUCGAUCAUCAGAUUAAGUCUAAAAACAAUGCCCAAGAUUUACAACAAAAAGGUUAUCUGCAAAAUACCAAAUCGGUGGCUUUCGAUGAGGCAAAUCUUUAUUCAAUUGAAAAUAUGUUAUAUCUUACAAGAAUUAACAAAGCAAGAAUACUAUGCAAACUUCAAAGGUUCAACGAAGCUAGCUCUGUGUUUGAGCUAUGUAGGAAGUACAGCUCCGAGGACAUGGGUAUUGUAAUGGGAUCAGCGGUCACCAGUUGCUUUGCAUCUGAUUUUUCAUUUUCUAUCAAGAGUAUUAGCUCAGCCAUUGAGAAUAUUAUCAAAAAGAUCAAAAGCGGCGAGCCACUAGAAAAACGACUUAUUGAAAUGUACAAUUUGCUUGGCCGUGUUUAUUACCAACAAAAAGAUCACAAAAAAGCAAAAGAGAUUUUCGAAAAAUGUAUGAAAGAGUUUCCAGACCACUUUGAGGCCUAUCAUAGUUUAGCCUCCCUGUGUGUGGUAAUGGAGUCCAAAAAUCCUGAACCUGCGCUCAAUGUGAUAAGACAAUUGAAAUCAAGACAAGUAGGCGUGAAUUUAGAAACAGUCAAGUUAGAAAGCAUUAUUUAUGCAAGCUAUGGAGAAUAUGAAAAGGCCAGAAACGCCAUCUGUAGAGUUAUUUAUUUACAUCCAUACGAACCAAAAUUAUGGGAUUUGUUGUCUCAAACGACUCUCGAAUAUCAAUUUGUUUCAUCCUCAUUGGAUCAAAAGAAAAAGACAAAGAAGAGCAAAUCGAAAUUUGAAGUUAGCGAAAUUCCGACCUCAUCAACAAAUUCAGGUGCUAUUUCACAACUUACUACCCAACUUAUGGAGAGCUCUAUUUCACGAUUAGCUACAGAAAUAUUUCCUGAGGAUAAGCUUGCUGUUAUUGAUCGAUUGAUUAAUAUUGCAUCCAUGUACUAUGCAAUGGGGUCUGCUCCAUACUAUCACAAUGCUUUAGUAACGCUCAAACAUGCUUUAUCUAUGACUCAAAAAGCAAUGAUGCUAGAUCCAAGCAAUCCAAAAAUAUUAAGAUUGCUUGCCUCGUGCACACAUACCAUGUCCAUUCUCAAGAAAGAAAAAUCAAUUAAUAAGGUAGCAAGCUCGCUUUUACGGGGUUAUUUAUCGAUUUAUGAAAAUACAAGCAGCGAUUCUGAAAUUGCCAUACAUGUGGCAUCUUUAGAGCAACUGAUUCAUCAAGGAGAAUACACAAAGUGUAUGAGUGAGGUGAAAAAGUUAAUGGAACGAUUUAAAGACGUCUCCAAGGUUGAAGCGACAUUAUUUUCGCUACUUGGAAAGUGUAUUCUUGCGAAGGGGGAGAAUCCAUCCAAUUUAUAUGGAUGGUUUACUCUUUCUGAGCUUUUUAUUAAUCAACGCAAGUACAAUAUGGCCAAGUAUUGCCUUGAUUGUUGUUUAGUGAUUUCAAAACAGACCAAUGAUUUGAACAGUCAAUUUGUUGCCAAUGCUAAAUUGUGUUAUAUUUGCUUGAUGAUGUGCGUUUCAGACACAAAGACAGACAGCACUUCAAUUGCAAAAAGUGGAAUUGAAUAUGCAAAGAAUGCGUUCACAAUUAACAAUGAGUCAGCCUCUCUCUAUCUCAUGUAUGGCAAGUUGCAAUAUAUUCUAGGGAAUUUGGACGAAGCAGGAAACGCAUUCCAACAAGCAAUGAAGCUGGAUCCCGACCAACCUUUAUCACGUUUAAACAUGUACUGGGUGUAUUAUGCCAAAGAGGAUUGGGGACCAGCUGAAGAAGUAUUAUUUGCUGAAAAACCAUUCAUGUCGACCGAGUCUGAACUCUUUUUCACUUUAUCCUCAUUUGCGUUUGAGAGUGGUAUUCCUGACGCAGCAUUGAAAAUGAUUCAAAAAGCCAUUCGUUUAGAUCCAUCUAACACAAAAUAUUGGGAUUAUUUGCAUCAAAUUCAAGAAAGUCUCAAACCAAAAGAACCUGUCAAGCCAUCUGGUUCAAGCAAAAAGAAGUAA